UCCAUCCCUAGCGUCUUAAAAGUGAACAAAUUGCUAACCGAAAAGUAUAUUUAGGCGCUUUUUUCUUAUUGCAAAGGUAGCGCAUUAAAUUAAUAACAUUUUAAACAGCACAUUUAAUUGUAUGUGCUAUUUGAAAAACUGCUGGGCAAACCUGCAAAAGCAUAGGCAAAAGGAAUAAGAGUGCAUGAGUUCUUGACUGUCCAAAAAGGAGGCGAACAACAGUUACUUGUCACAGUCACAAUUGACGCAUUAGCCGACGUUUUAAGGGUUAGACAAAGUUUGUGUUUUAGAUAAAUAUAAAACAACAUGAGCUCCACGGAGGAAAACAGUCCAGCAACUACGCCACAGGACAGCGAGCCUGCUGAGCAAACCAACCCCAGGGACUUGGAAAAAAUCGAGGAAGAGAAGCUCAAGUCCAAGUAUCCAACUGGCAUGAGAGUACCAGGCGGUCAUUCGGCAUUUCUGCAGAAGCGUCUGCAAAAGGGCCAAAAAUUCUUUGACUCUGGUGACUAUCAAAUGGCGAAACAGAAAGGUGGCGGUGUCAAGCAGGUCUUUGCCAACAAGGUGUCCACCGGUGAGGCUAUACCCACCCCGGAAACGGUGCCGGCCCGAAAAACAUCAAUCAUACAGCCGUGCAACAAAUUUCCCGCGACAAGUUAAACUGUCGACUAUAUAUUACAUUCAACUAUAAUCCCCUUUGGUCGUCUCCUCUGCCCCUCCAAAAUGCUCUUUCAUUUAAUAUUAAAUUGUAAUUGCUAAGUUGGCUGAUCUGUGUUGGUAAGUGGCCGUUGCCCCUAACCCGUCUAUAUAAUGUACACAUGAUUAUUUUUGUAAAUUGCCGGAUUGUUAACAGUCCGAUGCAAUCUCUAACCAAUUACACAGAGCGAGAUACAUAUAUAACUCCUCAAUUAACCUUUAAAACUAACUUUCGCGUCAGGCGUUCCAAUCUCAUAAGCAUAAAAAUUUCUCAGUGCGUCACAUCGAUAUGCAAAAGGUUAAAUUUAACAAUAUAAUAUAUAUUUGUAACUUAUCCAGAUCGUAUGUAUAGUUAUUAAGCGUUUAAAAGGAAACAAAAUGAAAGCUGAACGAAAUAAACUUAAGUUCUGUUCAACAAUUGUUCGGUGUGAAAUUAAA